AUGAAUUCGCCCCCCAAGCGCCGUCGCACCGGUGACAGAUCCAGUAUUGCCGUUGGCGCGUCGCAAAGCCUUGAACCGCCCGAGGAAAGGCGAUCUCCGACGCGCUUCUCAUUCCAAUCGCCAACGAGAGCAAGCCUUGCCAGGUCGCACCCCGAUGUCCUCGAACGCGCGCUCAGCAGAUCUCCGACUCGACGGUCGACCAGUCGCGGGGCUCAAGAUAGUCACCCUGAAAAUCCGGCGUCGACAAGUUUUGGAAUUCGCGGGCGCAAAGCUCUGCGACCAUCUUUGGGCCCCUCCAGUCCAUUAAAAGCACCGCGGCUGUCUGUCGGAGCAGCUGAGCCGUUGUCAUCACCCAGCCGCCGCGCAAGUGGUAUCCAGGCCUUUUCAAAACCACCCCGCAGAAUGUCCAAGAGGAUCUCUGCAUCAGCCUUUACGUUUGGAUCCCCGGUACCCACGAAGCCUAUAGAACAGGAUACCCCCGAGGGUCAACUCGCUCUAGAACUCGGCAGCGUGACACGAGAAACAGACUCUGGACCACUUAUGGAUACUGGGAUGGACGGCGCAUUUGAUAAUGAUAACCCUCUUGAGCCAGAGCUCCCUCCUACACCAACACAGCUUGGCCUCGAGAAGGCGCCCGAUCGACCAAGGGACAUGUUGAGCAGCAGGAAGUCCCUUGAGGCCUUCAAGGUUCCGAGCCCCCAUUCCGGGGAAGGCUCGGAUUACGCCGACGAAGCUGAAGAAGGGAUCUCAGCUGCAGCCCUAGAGAAGCAAAGGGCUCGCAGGCAACUCGAAGCGGAACUACGAAAUUUAAAGAAUGAUAUUUCGGACUUGGCGAAUUGGACCGGGAAAAUAGAGUCUGGGGCGGACUUGGAACUAGAUAAGAAGGGGCUUCACAAACUUCUUACUAUGCUUACUGAGGAAUCCACUUACAUCAAUCGCCCCUUACCACAGAAAGCACCAACACCAAUUUCGUCCCUCCUCUCUACGUUGCUUCCAUUCUCUACCAAUAUACCCCGUCCAAAGCCGUCAUCGCCUAUGCCUACGAACCCAUUCGCUCUGAAGGAGUCUUCACAAUCGUCGUCAUAUCUGACAAUUUUUGCCCCAUUAGCACUCAAUGCACACAUCACUCGUGCAUCGCACACGGACUCUCUCUUGGAAACUCACACAUUACAAUUUACGGCGCCGCCUCCAUUUCCGCGCAGCAUAUAUAAUGUCCCCGUCGUUUAUGAAACAAAUCCCGAGACACAGACCGUUACUUCCGUGUCUGUACCUACAGACAACGAAAGCAAAAAGCGAAAGGUCCCUGAGGCACUUCGUCGAUGGAUCGAUGCCCGACUCGAGAACCCUCUUCUACGCCUUGAUGUUGCAACGCUUUGUUGGGGUAUCAACCGUUACUGGGAAACAUCCGUGACCCGGGCUCAGAUAUGGGCGCGGGUCGACCAAAAGUACGGCCGGGACUCUUCGACACGCAGAGGCAAAGAUCCUACCUCGGGUUCGCAAGACGGAGUCAUCACACUUGCAGAAGUUCGACGGUUGGUCCCUCAUCUCGAGCGAAGCACAAUGGUUGUCCACCCGAAAUCCGACACAAAACUGCGAGUACUCUUGUCGAAUGUAUUGGCGAUGGAUGAUUGGACCGGGGAGCCACAGCUACAACCUGAGCUCAGUGUGUCUGCCUUAAAUACCAGUGGUAAUUCAAGCAAGAAAAUUGAUCAAGAGGCGAAGAAGGUGUUUCAUGCUUUGUUGCCGCAACCAGGUGCGGGCACCUCGCAAGGUUUGUCGGGGACGAUGCAUAUAGAUGCUAUUUUGCGGGCAACGGAGGGUGCUCUCAAUGCAUUGUCGAGUCAUAAUUAA